AUGGUUUUCGAAUCUAUUGUCGUAGAUGUUCUAAACAGGUUCCUCGGGGACUAUGUGGAAAAUCUAAAUAGAUCUCAACUAAAAUUAGGAAUAUGGGGUGGCGAUGUGGUGCUGGAAAAUUUGAUACUAAAGCAAAACGCUUUAGAGGAACUAAAUAUUCCAGUUCAAACAGUCUACGGUCAUUUAGGCAAGCUGGUGCUAAAAAUACCUUGGAAAAAUUUAUAUGGUGCUUCUGUGGAAGCUACUAUUGAAAGAUUAUUUCUUAUUGUAAAUCCCAAUGCUGAAAUCAAAUAUGACCCAGAAAAGGAAGAAAAGAUUGCCCUGGCGGCAAAACAAGCUGAACUUGCAAGAGUUGAGGAGGCCAAAAAAAAGGAAGCAGAGAAAGAUGAGAACAAACUUGAUGAGACAUUUGUUGAAAAACUUGUCACUCAAAUAAUUAAAAAUGUACAACUGAAGAUAACGGAUAUACAUAUUCGUUAUGAAGACAGCAUAACUAAUCCCAAAGCACCAUUUUCCUUUGGUAUUACACUGCACAACUUGUCUGUUCACACAACAGACGAAAAUUGGAAACAAACUGUCAUACAAGAGGCUGUUACAAAGAUAUUCAAAGUAUUAAAUUUAGAGGGUUUAGCAGUUUAUUGGAACCCAACAACUGAGUUGUAUUCAAAGACCAGUCCACAGGAAAUAAAAAGUAGAUUAGAAAAGGAAAUAGCAACUAAAACAUCUAAACCAGGGGAUUAUUUAUAUGCCUUGGCACCAAUUAACGCGACCGCAAAAUUAAAAUUGAAUCCCAAACCAGAAGGAGAUACUCCGAAAUUUAACAUUCCUAAAGUGAUUUUGAGUUUGCACAUGGAACAGCUGGGUGUGAAUCUGAGUAAAGCACAAUAUCAAGAUAUGAUGCUGUUAGCAGAUUCUAUGGAUCGUAUGAGCAAAGGCGCACCUUACAGAAAAUACCGACCAGACCUCAAACAGUACAAGGGUCACUAUAAAGACUGGUGGCGAUUUGCAUACAAAUGCAUAUUAGAAGAGGAAGUGUUACGUAGACGUAAAAACUGGGAUUGGAAACACAUGUUGUCGCAUCGUCAGCUCUGUAAAGACUAUGCAAGUGCUUACCAGAACAAGUUGACCUGUCGUGGAAAAGUCUCUACGGAAUACCAAUGCGUGCUGGACGAAGCCGAGAAGACCUUGGAUCUAUUUAAUCUGGUUGUCAUCAGACAGCAGAUAGAGUUAGAGGUUGAAAGAUUGGGAAAACUAGAAGCAGAAGCUAAAAAGUCUCGUGGCUGGUUUAGUGGCUGGUGGGGCGGUGGGAGCUCCAAAGAUGACGAAAUGUCUGAAGGCGUGGCUAUAAUGAAGCAAUUCGAAAAAGCGAUGACGUCUGACGAGAAGGAAAAGUUGUUUAGAGCGAUUGAUUACCAAGAAAAUUCGGCGCCGCUUCAUUUGCCCAUAGAGUAUGUCGCCGUAGAGGGGCAUUUUAAACUUGACAAGUUGCAAGUGGCCGUCCAUGAUGUGUCUGAAGUACUUCGUGCCUGUGUUGAAAAUGUUGAACUGGAUAUGAUGCAGAGGCCCAGUGCUAAUGCGUUACGAGUUGACGUGCGUAUGAAAGCUUUCACCGUAUCGGGUGUACGUCAAGGCGAAUUCCUACCGCAACUCGUCACUUCGAAGGAAAUAGAGAAAGAUGUUAAUCUACUUAAUGUACUUUUUGAAACUAACCCAUUAGAUGGGAAAUGCGAUCAGCGCGUUCAAGUACGGGCGCGCCCGUUACAAAUGGUGUACGACGCACAAACCGUUAUCGAAAUUGUUAAUGUGUUUAAGCCGCCUUCAGAGUCCACCGCAUUGACUACUUUGCAAGCGGCUGCCGAAAACAAGUUAUCGGACUUGAAAGAGAAGUCCGCCUUGGGAAUGCAGUACGCGGUUCAUCAGCACACGUUUAUUGAUCUUGAUAUUGAUGUCGCCUCUUCUUACAUCGUUGUACCGCAGACUGGGAUGUAUAAGGGUGGUGAAGCAGUGGUGGUAGUGAAACUUGGUGCCAUAAGUGUAAAGAGCGAUCCACGCGCCCCUCAACUGGAUGUUCAUCAAUUGUAUCGCUCCGGAUUGCAAGAUGACGACAUAUUGGCGCAGAUUACCGCGCAUAGCUAUGACAAGAUGGUUUUGAGGCUCACUGAAAUGCAGAUUUUUAAAAAUAACGGUUGUCGUUGCGCACCUGGCCGCACCUUUUCGCAGCCAGAUGUAAACAGGUGCUCAAACGAAGCAACAUACUUACAUCUUCUACAACCAACCAAUUUGGUCAUACAAAUACACAAGUGCCUCAUAACUGAUGAUCCGAGGAUGCCUAAGAUCAAAAUAAAGGGAGAAUUACAGAAGAUCGCUGUUAGCGUAUCGGAAGAUAGGUUAUUAACUCUAUGUGAAAUAUUGGUUGGGAUGCCUUUGCCCCGUUCUGAUGAAACGACACAACUAAAGGCAAGUGAAUCUAAAGCGUCUAGUUUGUCGCUCUUGAGAUAUUUGGACCCGGCUGAGAAGCAAAAGCGCGAUACUGCGAGAUCGAAACAAAGGAAAAAUGAAGAACAUACGGUGCAACUUACUGAACUCGAAGCGUUCUUCAUUAUGAAAGAAUUAAUCCUAAGCGUGAACCGCAAAACGAAGGACCCGCAAGUAUACGACAAGUUCCUAGUAUUCUCCUUAAAUUUAUUGGAAAUAAAGGCCACGCAGAAGACAUUUACCCUCGAAGCAGCAGUGAGACUCGGUUCAGUGGAUAUGCAACAUCAUAGAAGUGGACAUAAGACCAUACAAAUGAUAACCACCACCACAGAUUUCCAAGAACAUGAUAAUAUUGAAGAGCAGUACUUAUUCGCUGUUACGUAUACUAAUGUUGACAAGAAAUGUCCCGAAUUCAGGAGUCACUAUGGUUCUGUGGAACAAUUAAUCGAAUUGGACUUUACAGCGUUGGAACUCUUACUUCACUUGCAAGGUUUACAAGAGAUUCUUGUGAUUGUUAAUAAUUAUCAGACUCGUCUCAAUGCAAUCCAAAGUACGGUAGACCGAUACGCCAAUGCUGGUCCGUUGGAGACGAUUAUGGAAGAUGAAGAGUUGCUGUCCAUUGUCAAAUCUAAAGCGAGUGUAUCAAAAGGGCCGCGUCGUAAACAAGUGGAAAGUAUACAACUGAAAGUGAACAUUAAGAUCGGGGCGGUAGAGAUCAAAUUCGCGAAUGAUAUCCGACCUUUAUCAUUGCUGAAAUUGCAUGGGGCCACGGCGGGAUUAGUACUGAAAGCGUCGUAUACGCAGGUCGAUUGUGCGAUUUCCUCUAUCAAAGUCGAGGAUUUGAAUCCAGCUACUAUUCACAAAGAGAUAUUGAAAGUCCUCGGCGGUGACGUCAUCAAUGUACAAAUAGUGUUGUACAAUAUCGAGCAAUUCCCGAGUGUUAGUGACAUCAACAUGUCGAUAGACGCGCAGAUCAACUGUCUUAGGAUUGUCUUUCUAAACUGGUUCCUGACUUCUAUGUUGGAAUUUUUGAACAAUUUCCAAGCAGCCCAGGAAGCUAUAAUAGAGGCAUCAUCUCAGGCCGCCGAAGUCGCGAGAGCCAAUGUGCAAAACGCAUAUCAGAACUCAACUAAACUGGCUCUCAAAUUGAGAUUGGCUGCCCCAAUUAUUCUAGUACCGGAGAACUCGACUAGUAUGAACGCCAUCAUGCUAGAUUUUGGACGCAUGACAAUCAAUAAUAAGUUCGUCGAUUUGCCACUUGCAGACGUAAGCAAUAAAGUGACAGUGGACGAAUUGACCCUCGAGCUGGAAGAGGUGAAAGUAUCAUGCGUACAGCUCAGUGAAAAUAGCUCAGACGUAUCUCACGAACGUAAGCUGUUGCGGCCGACCAGCUUCAAGCUGUUAGUCAAGCGCAGCCUUUCGAGCUGGUACGAGCCAUUGCCCGAUCUUGAUGUCUCUGGAAGGAUGAAGACUAUUGCUAUAACAGUUGGUCACAGUGAUUAUAAGAGUAUAAUGAAGAUUCUCAACCAAAAUCUGCAAGAAGGGCAAAUUAAAUGCGAGGAAGCAAAACCACAGAAUGUGGGAAAAGUGACUUCUAAGCCAACUGUGAAAAGUCAGUCGAGUAGAACGACACGGUCUACUGUGGCUGUCGUUACUCAGAAAGAGUCGAAGAAACCACGAACAACGAUCAAGUUUUCCUUUACUAUGGACAGUUUUGUCAUUGAUCUUAUGAAUACAGUUGUGUCAGAAGAAUUACAGUUCACCAGAGAUGUGGAGUUGGCCCGGUUUUGUCUCGCGUUACUCUCAGUCAAAGGGCGUAUGUUCUCCGACGGAUCCCUUCACACUUCUGUGUUGCUUGUGGACUGUACAUUGGACGAUACAAGGCCAGGUAGAGGAGCUAAGAUAACUAGAUAUUUAGAGAGACGUCGCGACAGACCAGACGUGUUCGAUCAGAGUGAGAAACAACCGGACAAUAUUAUGGAGGCGCAUGACAAGAUUCGCAGCAUGAUCGAUAUUACGUAUACUAUGAAAAACUCUGAUACAUUCAUCGACGUGAGAAUAUUUAGUUUCAACUUGAUUCUGGCCAUGGAUUUCCUAAAGAAGAUCGCGGAAUUUAUGACGAGUGGCCUCGCUGAAGACACACCCACUGUCAAAGCUAAAGAAGAUGUCAAAUUAGUCAAACCUACUGCAGAUAAAUUCGAGAGCGGGAUCAAAAAGAAAGUGUCAGUGUCUUCUGAGCCUGCAUUGUCAGACCAAGGUACGAAGCCAGCUAUGAUGACUGUCAAUAUAAAGAUAGAGCAACCUGACAUCAUUCUCGUGGAGUCCUUGGAGCAGAAGAAAUGUGAUGCUCUGGUUUUGAAUAUGGAAGCAAAGUUCAAGCUACGCAAAACAGAAGACCAUAUGGUAGCAGACGGAGGUAUAUCCGGUUUGCAAAUGGUUGUACGUACUUUGGGCCGUACGACCACGCCCAGGUACUUGUUGGCGCCAGCUCAUCUCUCUUUGGCGUUGUCUCAGCCACCGAAUAGUGGCAUGCAUGUGGAUGUGGCACUUACGGAUAUUAAAAUUACUGUUUCUCCAGAAAUGAUUGCUCUGUUAAAUCGAGUGCUAGCUACAAUGACAAGUAGCGAAGAAGACGAUGUUGAACAAGACAACAAGCCAAUAUUCUAUGACAAGUUGUGGGAGAUACAACCGUUCAAACCCUCUUCAUAUUGGUUCCUUAAAACUGAGGAGGCGGUGGAAGCAAUAAGCUUAGAAGACAACUCAGUGACAUCCCUAAGGAAACCUCCCGAGGGUGAAAUAUGUCUGUUAUCGAGUCCCUCCAUAGUGUUGGCCUUAGAAAUGGAGAUCGGUAACGAAACAAUACCAGUAUUGGUCAUGCAGUCUUCACUUACCGGACAAGUCAAGGAUUGGAGUUCUGAUUUCUACAUGGAGUGUACGUGGGCAAUGCAAGUGUCGUACUACAACAUAGGACGUGCUAUGUGGGAGCCUUUGGUGGAGCCAGUCGAAGUACUCAAGGAUUAUCAAUAUCGGCACGUUCCCUGGGAACUUAAAAUGGAGGUAGUGAUGCGUCCUGAAGAGGCUCAAUCGACAAUAGACACGACAGACGAAGCCGCCAACAUCGCCGCGGCUGCCCUAAGACAAGCGAAUAUGACUAUCUCCCUUUCCAGUAGCGAACCUCUUGAGAUUACGAUCACUAGAAGUGGCAUUGAGGUGCUCACCCAACUUGGGAAUUCCUUCUCUACCGCCAUUGCAGAGACAACACCCGAUACGACAUUGGUAUCUAAAUCUAAACUAGAAAACGCUCCAGAAAAACAGUACCUGGGCGCACCCUACGUUCUGCACAACUGUACGGGCCUCACUACAAAGCUGAUCUUACACAACAACCAUGAUUUUGCUGUGUUUCUCACUGAUGAAUACAAGAGUUCUGACUACAGGGAAGUAGUGUUGGAGCCGGGAGCGUGUCUGCCAUUGCAGUUAAAGCAGGGAGGAAUAAAUAUUAUGAAGCUUAAUGAACCACCCCCACAGCUUAAGCUUAACUUUAAGAUAGUGGAGUUAAAUGAAGAUGUCCAAAUACCGGUAGAACGAGCAGACAAGCGAUAUUUCCCGUUGGGUCGAAAGUCCUCAGGGGAAAGCAGGGCCAAGAACGUGCCUCAUGCUGCUGCCAUGGAGCCGCGAGGGCUCAUCAGUGACGUCGUCAUGCAAGACGCCGCCUUACACAUUUAUCUAAGGAGCGUUGUUCAGGUGACGAAUACGUUAGCGGUCCCAGUGUGCGUGUACUACAUGACCUUGAGCGGGAACGAAGUCCGUCUUUUGGGCGAAGUGAGUGCGGGUGGGACUCUCAGACUUCCAUUACAAGCCGUGCACACGCCCACUGCAGAGAUAUUCUUUUCGGUCGAAGGUUUUACGGUCUCCGUGUCACCGUUCGUAUGGCGGGAACUGCAGCAAGAGCCAAAAAUAUCAAAACUUCUACAAUGUGACUCGAAAGACAAGAACAGUGGCGAGAAAUUCUAUUUGAGGGCCGUUGGUACAAUGGAACAAGUUUUCUUUGAACAAACGAACCGUCACACAUUUGCCUCUUCAUGCUACGAUGUUGUUCUGAAACCAGCCGUGAAGUUACAAAACUGUUUGCCCAUCGACAUCGUGGUCUCACAAUUGGGGCUCAAACGAACGCAACUUUUUAAGCCGGGGGAGAUGUUCCAUUUAUCGCAUUUAGCGCCCAAUAGAGCGUCUAUUGUUAUUAUGAUACAAAACUAUCUUGACAAAUGCUGGGUUUGCACAAAGAACUUACCCGAAGAGACAAGCGAACUCUCCGUUUGGUCCUUCGAAUCACAUGACAGUCCCGGCCUCAUGGUCUUGGAACUGGGAAUGCACAGUGUAGACACGGAAGGCACGCAGCUACUCUCACUCUACUGCCCCUUCUGGAUGCUUAAUAAAACUGGAUUUACGCUUUGCUACAGGAAAUCAAAGAAACCCGAAAAAGAUUCCAGCACCCCCAAUAAGAAUAUCGACGAGACAGGCAAUGUAAUCUUCCAUCCGAAGGAUUAUAAGGAGCCGAUACUGUUUUCGUUCCGCGCGAAGAAUUUCUUUGGGAAAAAGAAGGCUGCCAUACGAGUGGAGUUUGGGGAGUGGUCUGAUAAAUUCUCGCUAGAUGUUCCAGGAAGUUCUGGUGUCAUAAUUUGUAAAAACGAAGGUCGGACCUAUCAGGUCGCAGUCACAAAUCAGUUGACAUUCAACAGUUUAACUAAAAUGGUUAUAUUUACACCAUUCUUCCUCAUCCUUAACGAAUGUCCAUUUGCCAUACAAUAUCAAGAGUUACAUCGUUCCGGAGAUGCUUGGAGAGAGGUUGAACAAAAUUCGAGUGCUCCAUUGUGGCCAAUAGUUGAAAAAGAAGAUAAGCUGUUGCUCUUACGAGUUUCGGGAUCAACUGAGCACGCGGCGCCUUUUCUGUACACCGAGCAACACAGUGUCUGUUUAAAAUUGAACAAUCACUACGGUGGUUUGCACGUUGAAGUGCAAUUGAGCGAAGGCGGUACGUACGUAACAGUACGUCAGUAUCGCGACGGACACGCGCCCGCAUUGCUGGUCAACUAUACAACGCACGCUGUCAACGUAUACGAAAAAGAAAACGUUAAUAUUAGAAAAAUCCCAUCAAUGCAUAGAAUGCUGUACACUUGGGAUAACCCCGCUGGACCAAGGACGUUAAUUUUUGAGGGACACAAACGAAAGGAAAUAGACAACGAUCUAAGGAAGGACGGUAUCGGUGAUUUUAUGAUUAACGAAACGAGACGCAUAACAUGGGUAUCGUUUUUGGAUGGACUCCAAAGAGUGAUACUCCUGACGGAGGAUCCAAUAUUGGCGAGUGGCGCUCAUACGAUUGGUGAGGCAGAACCCGUCCAUACGGAAUUCCAUUUGGCCAUGCACGGAGUUGGACUGUCGCUCGUCAACGACUACGAACUCACGGAAAUUCUCUAUAUCAGUAUAUCUAAUUCGGGUAUCAUAUGGGAGCAAUGUAAAGUUGGUGCACGUAGAUAUAGGAAGAUAGAAGGCCAGAAGCUGGUACAAUACGAGGAAGCAUAUCAAAAGUACAUCACUGAGAAAAUGGUCAGUGACAAAGAAAUCUCCCCCCGAGUAAUAAUCGACGACAGUAUUGAGGUGGACUUCGAGGAGAUGCGUAUACUUAAACCAUCCCAGCGUCUCUUACGACGUACUCUCCAACCGGGUUUAUGGGCGAGAUAUGGGGUAACAGCUCACUCGAGAAGACUCCACGCACGUCUGUACAGACUGCAGGCUGAUCAGCAACUGGCCUUGCCGACCUUCCCAGUGGUGCUUGCACCUGUGCCUCUGCCAAAGUCAGUGGCCAACGAGGAUCCAAGCGGUACGAGACCCUUCAUCGAAGUCUCAAUAGUGGAGCGCAUAAUGGAGCACAGCAAAGUGCGUCAAUACAAGUACUACAAGAUGCUGAUCCAAGAGUUCCACGUGAAGGUGGACAUGGGCUUCAUCAAUGCGCUCAUGGGCAUGUUCCCGCUGAGAUUACUUACGGAACAGGAAGCUCUGGAUGCCUUCCAAGCGGAUCUAGAACGGGCGGGUCAGCCGCUAGAGGCGGUAGCCGCUAUGGGCGUAGCUUCGGAUCUCAAGAACUUCUACGACAAUCUUCACUUGUCACCACUUAAAGUCCACGUGUCGUUUUCUCUGGGUGGAGCGAGCCAAUUGCCGACAUUUGUUGGUACUGUACUGCAGAGUAUCGGCGUAACCCUUACCGAUAUGAACGAUGUCGUCUUCAAACUGUCGUACUACGAGAGAAACUACGAGUUCCUCUCGCAAAAGGAGCUGAUAAGCCAAGUGCAGAGUCAUUACACGGGUCAAGCUCUCAAACAGCUGUACGUUUUGGUACUUGGAUUGGACGUCAUUGGAAACCCAUAUGGACUUGUUAUUGGACUUAAGAAGGGCGUAGAAGACUUGUUCUACGAGCCGUUCCAGGGUGCUAUCCAAGGGCCGGGUGAGUUUGCGGAAGGUCUAAUGCUAGGAGUCCGAUCUUUGGUGGGACACACAGUGGGUGGAGCCGCUGGGGCCGUCUCACGUAUCACCGGGGCCAUGGGACAUGGUCUAGCUGCUUUGUCUUUGGAUAAAGAAUACCAAAGAAGACGAAGAGAUAAUAUUAACAAACCUCCCGCUAACCUCCAAGAAGGCUUAGCGAGGAGUGGGAAAGGUCUUGUAAUGGGCAUAGUGGAUGGAGUGACUGGAGUAUUCACGAAGCCGAUAGAUGGCGCUCGUGAGGAGGGAUUUGAAGGGUUCUUCAAGGGCUUGGGGAUGGGGGCAGUAGGUUUAGUGGCUCGGCCUACAGCCGGAGUGGUGGAUUUCGCCUCUGGGUCCUUUGACGCCGUCAAAAGGGCAGCAGAUAUGUCUGAAGAGAUAACAAAACGUCGAGCGGCGAGGUACUUGCCGCCCGAUGCUGGUGUUAGACCGUACUCGCGCUUGCAAGCUGAGGGCUAUAAGAUGCUCUCUGAACUGGAAAAGGGCAAGUUUGUGAGUACGGAUACAUAUGAGGCCCACGUUUGGGUCAUCGCUGCCAAGGAGGUGGUCAUGUGUACGGAUAAAAGGCUGUUUUACCUUGAGAAGAACAAUGUGUUCGGUGGUUGGCAGAUCGUCUGGACGUACUUGUGGACAGAAAUACCAGAAAUACCUACAGCGGUCGCUAAAGGUGUAUACAUACCGACCGCUAAACGUAAAGUCCUAGGCAUGUUCUCCAGUUCGGGGUCCGGCAAAGUUAUCUUCCUAUACGAUGAGCAGCAGAAGAAGUACCUGUUGGCUCAGUGCGAACGGCUGAUGGCCGCGGCCCGUUGA